AUGGACUCCACACAGUCGAAUCAAGACAAGUCUCCACCAAAGAAGAAAAAAACUCCACCCGAAGCAUCGACUUUCCAUCCAGCCGAUUCGUUUGAGGCAACAGUUGCAGGUGCAAGUAGAGAAGUCAGCGUGCUGGUUACGAAAUUUGCAGAGGUCCUAAGCGAGAGAGCAUCAGCAGACACCUCCCAGAUGAAGGAGCUGGAGGUUAUUUUAACAGAGGCCCAAAACCUGGAGUCCUACCUGAAGGAAAAGAAAAGCCGCCUGAGGCAGACGUUGGCUCUGAUUUCCGAGAAGCUGCAGGGAUAA